AUGGGUAUCCUCCGCAAAGCCUGCCGCAACUGCACAUCCGCCAAGCGGAAAUGCGUCGUCCAGCUCCCCAAAUGCGCCCGUUGUGCCCAAAAGGGCUUGACAUGCACAUACGACCUAGAACAUCUGAACGCGCCAACUGGACCCGCUGAAGAGACGCCUCAACUAUCAUUCAACCCCUCAACUUGUGACUCUCCGGGAUACUGCGUCUUCAAGACGUUACAGCUCCGCCCAUCGAGCAUUGACCCGGCAAUCUGUAGGCCGGGGCACUCAGAUGCCUUUGAGCUUAUGCGGUUGGGCUUUCAGGCUGUCCCGGACCUUAUAAAAGCAGAUAAACCGGCAGUGUUUGUGCACCCGAAGCUGAAAGCUCAUAGCAGUUACUAUGAUCAUCUCGCUAUCUUUAGAGAGGCAGGGGUAUUUGCUGUCACCGAGCAGCGCUUCAAUUAUCUUCUUCAACUCGAUAUCAGGACAGUAACCAUGGAAGAAGCUCUCACAGCCGUUCAGGCACUUUUAAUAUAUCUCGCAACAUUCUUAUUCGCCUAUGUUGGAACAGGGAAACGAUCCCAUACAGAUCAAUACCUAAAUAUUUUAUACAAAUGGACACAAACUAUUUUCCCCUCUGCGCAAAACAGAAUGCCCCGCGAUCAAUCCCCUUGGCAGGAAUGGUUAUUCGGAGAGAGCGUUCGACGAACAAUUAUCAUGUCGUACGCUCUAACAAUGGCCAUGGACAGUUUUGAACAUGGGUAUUGCUCAAAUUGGUUGUUUUUGGAAUCAUUGCCGUUUGAUAGUCGUGCCGGUCUGUGGAUGGCAGAGUCACCUCAGGCUUGGAUUGCAGCUGCUCGAACAAAGACAGGAGAGGAAGUUGGUGAGAGACUUAGUUCGUAUCAUGAGUAUUCGGAGAGUCUUAAGGGGAUGAAGGAUGAUUUUAAGGGUGAUAUGUUUUUGAGGUUACUUGUGAUUAGCCAUAACGAAGAUUAUGUUGCAGCAUGCUAUCACCCAUGUAAACCUGUGGGAACUAUACCAACAUUGGGAAUAGGUCACGGCAACAUUAUCCGAUUCAAUGUUGCUUAUAGCAAAACUUGGACCGGCGGGAACUAG